GGUAAGUAGUUGUAAGGGACCACUAUCUGUCAAAAUUUGAUUGAUUUAUGACCCCCUUUGACAGGGGGCGGGACUAUCAAUCAAAAGGUGUACAAUCUGUCCAGUUUCUGGACUGUCGUAUAUCAAGGGCUUUAGACAGCGAGUAUCCUGUGCGUGUUUUACGAUGUGUCAAUCAGCUCGUUGUUAUUCCUGUGUGUGUGUUUUAUGUCAAGCCUAUGCUGUCAUGUUUAUUGCUGUCAAAAAAUAAAGUUUAUAGUUUUAGACUGCGUAGUUUCACAAGCGGUCCAGUGCUGUCAGCGAUCUCUCUCUCUCUCUCUCGCCCCCACUGCGCGUCUCGCCCCAGCGCGUCUCACAGCGGUGUGUGUUGUUGAAUCUAAAGUUUUGCAACAUCAAAAGUUUAUUUAAACGCAAUCACGAAUCAUAUAUAUAUUUUAGAUGUACCUGGUUAAGCUUAAAGCCGAUAUUUUCUAUCGAAGUAUUAGUUUUCUGAUCAGACACAAAGUUUCUGAUGCUGAUAUUAUAUCAGUGUGUGAUUGUGUGGGGGUCGUGUGAUGUAAUCUUUGAAAGUUUUAUGACCGAACCUUUAUUGGGGAGCGACAAGAGAUCUCCUGGAUCAGUUUGGCUGGGUCAGAGUUGGUAUACUCAUGUCUAUUGGUACGUAUGUGUUUCGCUGUGUUCGUUCCAGAAUUUUGUCUGAUUAUUUAAAAAACUAAAAAUUCGAUCUCUGGUGUUGCAGCGAAAUUGUCUAAACAGUUAUUAACUAUUCCUGGUAAAUCGCGGAGAAGAGUGGAAUGAACAAAAAAGUCAGACCGAGACUAGAAACCCCCGCAGCGUAACAAGGAAAUCUUGGAACAAAGAGACGCCGAGUGGCUCGUGCCGACCGUUUGGAUAUCAGAGGCAAAGUUUGGAUAUCGUUGCAAAAUAUAUAGCGGAUCUCCACGUUUAGGAUACAGACCACAACGCUUUGGACGUGUCUUUAAAAAAGAGAAAAAUCAGAGACUUUAUGGACUUGACUUCGAACACUUUAAACAUUUUGUGACAUAUUGGAUUUAAAACAUUUCGGAUACUGGAUACCUGUGUUGAUUUGUCCACAGAGCUGGUCGCUUUUUAAAAUCACAUGGGUAAGUGACUAUUAUAAAUUGUUUUGCUGUUGUUUUAAACUUAUGUUCUUAAUACCUAUUUGUUUUAUUUUUCAUCGUUUAUAUAAUCCGUUUUUAUACUCAUUUGUAGAGUUUUUUCGCUGUUUUAUAUAUUGUUUGUUUUUGAUAUUUUAUACUCGUUAUAUUUUUUGGUUUAGUUUUAUUGUGUUUACAUUGUUUGAUUAUUUGAAUAUUUUGGGGUUUCACAGUGUUUCCGAAUAUUGUGGUAAAAUGGCCCAAAAACGUUAUUCCGACUCUGGUUGUGACCAGGCGAAUAAAAUUAUAAGGCGCGAUCAAUCCACGUUUGAUAUAUUUGAUUAUGAAUUGGGAAUGCAAAUACUGAUAGAAACUGUCAGAGCCAUGAAUGGAAAUCAAAGUAAUGUAGACGGAUUCGCAGAGGUGUUAAGCAUGGUCGAUCCCCGUUCACAGCCCCCUCCAGAGCCGAGUAUGGUCUUAGAUCCUGAUGUUUUAAAUACGCAUCAGGUUUUUGAGAUUCCAGAAGAUGGUUUUAUAAAUCAACAGAUUGAACCUGGAACUUCAGAUACUGCUUUUAUCAAUAAUCAAAUUGAACCACAGGUUCCAGGUUCUGAUCUAAACGAUCAGCAGGUUCUCGAUGGGGCAUCCGAGAAUUUACAUGUUCAACACGGUGGUGAGGGGUCGGACGACCCCCAUCAUAAUUCUGAAAUGGCUGAUAUGGGUCUAACCCCCGACGAUGUUGAGAGGCUUGUGAGAGACGGAGGUGAAUUUAAUGGCUACACCAUCGUUCCUCGUACAAGAUUUAACAGUCUGGAAAUACUUAGGAAUAUAAAUCUGAGGGCAAUAGCUUCUACAGAUAUGGCAUCCUACGUUCUAUUUCUGGAUGGCGUUCUAAACGAUAUAGUCUCAAUAUCUAGAAUAUUUGCGGGCGAUGGGGGAGUAAUACAUGUAUUAUUAAGUGGAGAAACUUUAACAUCCGACGUAAAUGCGUUGCUUACCGCCGCCAACGAUUAUAGCGUCUCCGCGUUCACAGAUCAGCUUGAAAAUAUCAUGCAGAGCAACGCAGACGUGUGCGUUGAUGACAAUCUAAUGUUAAAGGUGUCUAUUGUCAGAAGCAAAAACGGCGGCGCUCGCAGAAAAUUCCGUGAUCUAGCACACAACGAGGUUAUAAAAAGAAAUAGAAUGAAUCUUUUUUCCCCCGCUAAUAUGUCUGACAAGCUAUGCUUUGCACUUUGUCUGGCACACUUUUUGAAUCCCCAAAAAACAGACCCAGAAUUAGUGCCCAUAGCCGCUGCCAUUCAAAAGGCCGCUGGAUUUUCAAUCCAAGACAUGAUACGGUUUAAUGACGUCGCUUUGUUUGAGAGAUUGUUAAAUAUCAAAAUUGUAGUUUUUCACAGAUCAAGUACGGGUGCUUUGGAAAAGUACAUGACAAAAAAUAAGCCCCACUACAAGACGGUGUUUCUCUAUCUGUCCGAUAGUCAUUACUUCAUGAUAAAAAAUUUGAGGGCCUUUAUUGGGUGCAAGUACGUCUGCGACUAUUGCUACAAUGGUUUUUCUAAUAAAAGGAAUCAUAGAUGCAUUUACGCAUGUGACAUAUGCAAUGCCCCUGACUGCUACAAACACCCCGCGAAGACGAUACACUGCGGUGAUUGUUUGAGGUACUGCAAAUCAGAAUAUUGUUAUGAAAUGCAUAAAAUACCUCCAUUGAGUCACCAGUUUGCCCAGUGCGACGUGACCAAAUACUGUCCAACAUGUAAUCGAUGCUAUUACAUUAGCGGUGACAAGCCAAAGGCACACAAAUGCAUGCCGGAGAAGUGCCUGCAUUGUGGCGUAGAGUUGAUACCCGAUGGGCAUCAUCAGUGCUUUAUUCAGCCCUUAAGGCUUGAGACCCCCAGUGAGAAAUACAUCUUCUAUGAUUUUGAGACGCGUUACGAGGGUGGUAAGCAUGUUGCAAAUUUUGUAUGCGCCAUCACUUUUGCGGGUGAAGAAUUCACAGCAGAGGGACCCGACUGCGUCGCACAACUCGUACAAAGAUUCAGACACCCUAGGUACACCGAUUACACAUGGAUAGCCCACAACGCUUCCGGUUUUGACAAUUUUAUUCUUUUGGAAUAUUUCACAAAAGUGGGGCUCACUCUUAAAAUCACGAUGCAAGGGUGUCGUCUGAUAUUAAUGUAUGACGAAAGCUACAAGCAAAGAUUUCUCGAUAGUUUCUCAUUUCUCCCAAUGCGUCUAGCCAAGACUGCAUCUGCCAUGAAUCUGACCUGUGCAGAGAAGGGGUAUUUUCCACAUCACUUUAACCGGGUGGAGAAUGAAAACUACAUAGGUCCAUAUCCGGACAAAAAAAUGUACGGAUAUGACACAAUGUCAGAGAAGGAGAGGGAACAGUUUGAUGAAUGGUACAAGACCGUAGAGGGUGAAGUCUUUGACUUUAAAAAAGAGCUGGCUCUUUACGGCAAGAACGAUGUUGUUUUGUUGAGAGAGGCAUGCAUGAAAUAUCGUGAUGAGUUUAUACAAUGCACAGCACUUGACCCCUUCAGAUACACAACUCUGGCAUCGUGCUGCAUGGCAGUGUACAAGACCCAUUAUCUGGAGAGAGACACACUAGCGUUGACGCACAACGGCGCCUACCUGACUAAAAACAAAGCCUAUUCAAACGCCUCCAUCGAAUGGCUUGAAUAUGUCAGCCAUUCGCGUGGGGUCGAUGUCCAGCACGCGUUAAAUCGUGGCGAGAUGUCGUUCGGAUCCUACCAUCUGGACGGUUAUUACGUCAAUAACGGCCAAAAUCAAAACCAAAAUCAUAUUCAUAACAAUAAUAAUGAAAGACACGCUCUGGAAUUCCUUGGUUGUAUGUGGCACAGUCACUCUUGCAAAUUUAAAGAAUAUGACAUUCAUCCUGUGACAAAAUUGACGCACGCUGUACACAGAAGACAGCAUGAGGCCAAAAUGGAGGUUUUGGAGAAGGCGUAUGGGUUGAAUGUCGAGGUGAUGUGGGAGUGUGAAUGGAACGCUGCUAAGCGGACUGAUCCUGACGUAAUCGCCUUUAUGGCCACUUACACGCACCCCGAGAGACUGAAACCCCGCGACGCUCUAUUUGGCGGUCGUACUAACGCGUACAAACUCUAUCAUAAAGCCGCUGAAGGUGAGAAAAUCAGAUAUGUUGAUUUUACAAGUCUGUAUCCCUUCUGUCAGGCCAAGAAGUGUUACCCGAUAGGACAUCCCCAGAUAAUUUUAAAGGAUUUUGAACCCCUUGAAAAUUAUUACGGGCUUAUCAAAGCAUCAGUGCUACCCCCAAGAAAACUGUUGCACCCCGUGCUCCCAUACAGGGCCAAUAAUAAACUGAAUUUCCCUCUCUGCGCAACCUGCUGUGAGGAGCAGAAUCAGUCUACCCCCUGCGAUCAACCGCGGUCAAGCCAGCCGUGGUUUGAAAAAACACGGUCAAGCCAGCCGCGAUUCAGAUUUUGA